CUUCCAUUUUGCAUUCGACUCAUUAGUUUUAAUUACAGCAAAUAAUUCUGUUGAGAUCUCAACUCUUUCCUCAUUCAGCCGGUGGAUGUUUUGCCGGUCAGAUAGGCACGUCACACACUCCCUCCAGCACUGGGAAAUACCGUUUCAUUUCACAAUCCGGCCACUCCUGAUUAGGUAUACCUGCUGAUCUCUCGACGGUGGCUGUGCGUGCAAAGCUCAGUGUACUACUUUGUCUUCUCCAGUGCAGACGUGUUGGAUGUUUCGCUCGUGUGUAAAUGUGCUGUUAUUACGGCAAGAGUGUUUCAGUGCGAAAAUUACGUUUGAAAUAAACUUGAGUGGAGUUGGUACGCAGGAAUUAUCCGUUGGAAUAUUUCGUUUGCUGUCGCUGGGCGGAUAAAAAUUGCGCUCAGAUGACAUCAUCUGUUGGCUUGCAGCAGUCAACGCUGUUCUAUUUCUUACUAGUGAUUGGUCAAUGUUUUCCUAAAUGGUUACCAAUGAUUCCGGAUGGAGCACAACAGGUGAUCGAAGCCGGCUCAAGUAUCAUAUUGACUUGCAUCUAUCAGUACCGGGAUGAACAUGACACAAAUUUCGGGAAUAUUUGGUGGAAAUUGCCCGACUACGUUGAAAAGAACCCGACUGGCGACCUUCACACCCGCCUCAGUAAAACAUUUGACAGGAACGAAACGCAUUCGACAUCAACACUGAUUCUACUAAGAGCUCGACAUACAGACACAGGCUAUUACGGUUGUGUGGAAAAUAGCUGGAGCAAUAAGAAAAUCGAAAAAUAUGUCUACGUUUACAAUGACAAAGACGUAUAUUACUCUCCGGACGGUUACCAGUCUAGUUUUCUCACUUUCAUGGACCCAUACGAUACCGGCUAUUUAGUCCAGCAAGGAGCUUCUCUGCACAUUCCGUGUAAACCGACCCAUCCCAAGCUCAACAUCUCCAUCAUCCGCGGUAGUGAAAUCACCGCAAAAGGAAUAGUUUCAACGCAAUUGGAAAAACACGACUUGUUAUCCGAGACCAAUUCUAAUUGGCUGCUUAGAUACGAUCGCGGACUAACAUUGAAGAAUUCAAAAGUCAGCGACACUGGCAAUUACCAAUGUGUUGGCACGAUGAACAACAUCACCGAUAAGAAAUAUUUCGAUAUUUACGUCAAAGGAUUGGAGUUGACUAAAGUUGGGGAAAUCGACGACCCGGUGUUUGAAGGAAACAACGUCACUUUGAUCUGUCGAAUUUUUACUGAAACCGAGUUCUCCUCGCCACCGGAAUGGGCCUACCGGAUAAACAAUACGGAGCCACUGCAAAUUCUAAAUAAAUUCACCCCAGGUAUUCAGAUAAAGACGCAACAUUUCAACAAAGAAGUAUGCGUGGGAGGAUGCAAAGAAUUCAUCUAUUACGAAAGUCAACUAGACUUGAUCGACGUGACUCUAAAUACUUUCACAGUCUAUCAAUGCACAGCAAAUAUCGACCAGCAAUUAGUGUCCAAAACAAUUGCCUUUUCAAUCAAAGGAUUAGUUUACGACAGGAUAAUAGAAACGGACACUGCUGCCAUCAUAGCCGCAUCUGUAACUUUAACGCUGAUAAUAUUACUCUUGGUUGGAAUUGGAAUCAGUGUUAAAUUAUACUUGGAUAAAAAAAAACUUAAAAGAGAAAUAACAAGGAGGUUGAAUGGAUAUACAAAUGGAGUCGACCCGGAUCUGCCAUUCUUACCCUACGAUCACAAACGAUGGGAAUUUCCGAGAAAUCGUCUCACGCUCGGAAUGGAAAUUGGAGCUGGGCACUUUGGGCGAGUUGUCAAAGCUGAAGCUGUUGGGAUCAGAGAUUCCUGCGACGAAACCGCCGUCGUCCAACGGAUAAAACACAAAACGGUCGCCGUCAAAAUGGUCCGAUCGCAAACUAAUGACGCCGGAAUGGACGCGCUCAUCAGCGAAUUGAAAAUUCUCAUUUAUUUGGGCUCGCACGUCAACGUUGUGAAUUUACUGGGUGCUUGCACUAAACAAAUCACCAAAGGGGAGUUGUACGUUAUAGUGGAAUAUUGCCGGUUCGGUAACCUGCAAAAUUUUUUAAUCAACCACCGGAACAAGUACGUCAAUCAGCUGGAUGAGUUUGGCAAUAUCAAAUUAUGUAACGACGCAGAGAAUACGGGAGGAAUUCCUUCCGCUUGUGCGGAUGUGGAAAGAAAGCGGUCGGGCCUCGGAAGGAAAUGUGAUUCCAGUUCAAAUUCUAUUUCAGAGUAUCCGCUGGAGGGGGAGGAUUACAUUGAAGAACCAGAAACGUUCUGGAAAUAUGGAGAAGAUCCUGAUGCGACUCCUCCCACCAUUUGCACCCGCGAUUUAAUUUCCUGGUCUUUCCAAAUAGCUCGAGGAAUGGAGUAUUUAGCUAACAGAAAGGUUCUUCACGGUGAUUUGGCCGCUCGGAAUGUUUUAUUGGCCGACGACGGGGUUGUCAAAGUGGCCGAUUUCGGCAUGGCCAGGAAAAUGUACUACAACGAAAGCUACGAGAAAAAUGGAAGGGGGCCAUUGCCAGUCAAGUGGAUGGCGAUUGAAUCCCUGACGAAUUACACCUUUUCCAGCCAAUCGGAUGUUUGGUCCUACGGGAUUCUUCUAUGGGAGCUCUUCUCUCUUGGCAAAGUUCCAUAUCCAGGUAGGAACGCCAAAUUCGAACUCGUCAAAGUCAUUCAAAAUGGUUAUCGAAUGGAGAAACCGGACAAUGCGCCCAUACUCUUUGGAGAAAUCAUGUCCAGUUGCUGGAAAAAGGAACCGAAAGAAAGACCAACGUUCAGCCAACUGCAGGAAAUGAUAGGAGACUACUUGGAGCCACUGGCUGUUUCCGACUACUUAACUGUCAAUAAUAUUCCUUACGAAAUUGGUGACGCUUGUUGGACCAGCCACCCAGGACAUACAAAUGUGACGAAAUAUGUGUCGCUUUAUCAACCACGAGAAAGCGAAGGAAACGUCAAUUUCGAUUCAUUUGACACACAUGAUGAGAUAACUCAACUUUAAUGCUUCAUAUGCCUUACUAAGCAGAUUGAAAUUUGAGUUAAAAAGGACUGUGAUCUGUGAUGGCUCAACUAUACUUAAC